AUGGAUGUGGCAUUCGACUACGUAGUUAAAAAUGGCCUAACAACAGAAGACCAGUAUCCAAACACUGCUGAUAAUGGUUCUUGCACACCCAAAACGGCUGCUGUUAAAACUGACGGCUACGUAGCCGUACCAGAAAACAAUGAGAAACAACUACAACACGCUGUGGCACUACAGCCUGUACUCGUUGGUGUUGAUGGAACUAGCAUAAUGUUAUACAAAGAAGGAAUAUACGACAAUACCACUACCUCAGUGGUUAACCAUGCAUUGCUCAUCGUGGGCUAUGGAACUGAGAACGGAGUUGACUACUGGGUAGCGAAGAACUCAUGGGGCAGCACCAGUUGGGGUGAACAAGGCUACAUUCGUUUGAAGCGCAACGUUGACAAGCCGGAGGGAACCAUUAUGCUGGCUACGGAGCCCUUGUACCCAACCAUGAAUAGUCGACAUAAUCCAGACCCCAGUCCAGUCAGUCCAUCGGUUCCACCUCCAGCCCCAGUCAAACCCAGUCCAAUCAGUUCAGAGGUUCCACCCCCAGGACUAUCCGGUUCAUCCAAGAAACCGUGGACAUUUAGUCCAUAGAUUCCUUCGAAAUGAUGAGAAGGAUGCGAGAGUAACUUCUUUUUUUGCUCUAGAUCUCUCGAAUUGUUCUCAGAAUAAACUG